AUGCAGCUACUGCCCUUCGACAUCAUCCACACCCUCCUCGAGUUCACCCCCAUCAUCGACCUAGUCCACCUCUGCAGCACAUGCAAGUCCCUGCGCGCACAUCUCAAAAACGAUUCGGUCUGGAGACGAGAGUGUCUGUCGUACGGCGUCCGCGACCUCACCUACUUCGGCGGACAGUCCGCUUACUCCGUGUUCGCCCGGCUCCUGCAUCCGUACGGGCCCUUGAUUGGGCUAUGGGCAAACGACGCGCCAUUCUAUGGCAAGAUACUCGAGUUCAGGCUCUUUAACGGGAACGAGACCGAGCAGGGCGGGAUCAUUGGCGAGGUGUGGACCUCCCCCUCUAUGGCACCCGCAGACUCUCCCGCGCCUCCCACCUACGUGCGCGCCGUCAAGCUCAGCUUCGAAAGCGACACGGACACGGACGCCGACGCGAACACAGACUCCGACUCUCCGGAUCCAUCUCCCGGCGUGCAAGACGCCACCGGCAUCGUCAACAUCUUCUGCGACCAAGGCACAUCCCCACCCUCGCGGCACCGGUCGUCGAUAGUGCGGCUCUCCGCGACGAACCUAGGCAAGUUCCUGCAGUUCUACCGCAGGAAGGUAAACCUCCCCGACUUCCCCCCGCACAUCUCCCCCUGGUACGACACGCACCGCGCCCUCCCGCACACGCCCGAGCUCCCCGAGACGACCGCGCACCACCGCGAGCUGAUCAAGCUCUUCCCCGCCGCGCGCCUCCCCGCCGUCUUCGUCGCGCCGACCGCGGUGCUCAAGCCCGCCGCGAUCUCCAUCCGCUGCGCGCGGCCCGCCGCGCAGUGCGCCUGCUUCGCGUUGCACGCGACGGCGCUGCCGUUCGCGAAUCUCGACGCGCGCACGCCGCGCUACUAUCCGCUUAAAAGUGCGAUCAUACACGGGGCGGACCCUGCGGCGGACGCGUGGUCGGUUGCGGCACUCGAUGGGAUCUGGUACGGCUCGUAUGGGCCGAACGGGACGGAGUGCAUCUACCUCGCGCACGAUGAGGACCUCGAGACGGUCGAGGCGACGAAGAUCACGGGCGACGUGCAUGUCCCGCGCGGUUGCGUGAGCUGGAUCGUGCACAUCCCGCUCGAGAGCCAGCGCGAGACGCUGCAGGGCUACUGGGCUGCCGUCCGCGCAGACGACGUUGUCCCGCGUCGUGUGCUUAUGGGACACGGCACUAUUGCAGGUCGUGGUUUCACGGAUAUGGCGAUUGUCGAGCUUAUGGCGGGGGUCAUAUCUGAAGACCAGAUCGACAUUUUCUGGACAGAGAUCCAUGAAUUUCGGACUUACAAACGCUACAAAGGUCGUCCAUCAACAUUGUGA